GAAAAACACAAGGCCUUUGGAUUUUCGAACAAUUAAUCCCAAAAAUUCCAGCUUUAAUAUAAACAAAAAUAAAUAAAGCGGGCAGUUUUGGGUUUUAGUUCUCUCUUUCUCUAUCUGCAAUGGCGGUCGGCGUUCUCGCGCUUCAGGGGUCUUUCAACGAGCACAUCGCGGCUCUGAGGAGAAUAGGGGUGGAGGGAUUGGAGAUAAGGAAGCCGGAGCAGCUCUCCGGCGUCGAUGCACUCAUCAUCCCCGGCGGCGAGAGCACCACCAUGGCCAAGCUCGCCAACUACCACAACUUGUUUCCCGCCUUGCGAGAGUUUGUUAAUGCAGGGAAACCCGUGUGGGGGACUUGUGCAGGACUUAUUUUCCUAGCAAACAAGGCCAUCGGGCAAAAGUCAGGAGGGCAGGAGUUCAUUGGGGGUCUUGACUGUACUGUUCAUAGGAAUUUCUUUGGUAGUCAGCUUCAGAGCUUUGAAGCCAACCUUGCAGUUCCUAAGCUUGCACAAAAUGAAGGAGGCCCCGAUACCUUCCGUGCAGUGUUUAUACGUGCACCAGCUGUAUUAGAAGCAGGACCUGAUGUCGAAGUACUUGCUGAUUAUCCUGUACCCUCAGACAAACUGUCAAGCCUGACCCCAGCUGUUGAAAGAAAGGAGGAAAACCCAGCUGCUGAUGCAAAAGUGAUUGUUGCAUUAAGGCAAGGAAACAUACUAGCAACUGCUUUUCACCCUGAACUGACUUCUGAUGCUAGAUGGCAUACUUUCUUCUUAAAGAUGAGGAAAGAGGGUAGUCAUGAGAAGAGCUCCAAAAACACCUCUACAUCAGAGUUGGAUUUGGAAAAUAAUCUUCAAGGAAAAAGGUCAUAUGAUCUCCCUAUAUUUGAAUAAAUACUGUGGAUGGCUAGAUGGUACUUAGAGAUCCUGAUGGUCUAAUUUUUGCUUUCAUACUUUUCUAUCAUAACUUUACUUUUAUAGCAUGGAGCUGCACUAUGCUUGUAAUUUUCAUUCAAAAGAAAUUAUUUAUACUUUGUUAAUCAAUUAUUUAUUUGUUCGUCUGAUA